AUGGCACGAGGCGGAAGCAGCAUUUGGGCCGACCAGCUCGGUCAGCUGCUCGGGCUAGACAAGGAGACUGUCACAUCUCAGGUGCUGCCUUUCCUCGAUUCGUUCGAUGACCGCCAGGCUCUCCGAUCUCAUCUCGAGGGUCUGCUCGGCACGGGCGAUGCCAAGUCCAAGACCUUCAUCUCCAGCUUUACCGAUUCGCGCUUCCCCGCCCCCGCACCCUCGCCGACUCCAGCACCCAAGCAAGCCGAAACGCGACCGCCCACCUCCUUCCCUGGCAAGCCAGCUGGCAAGGGUAAGAAGAGCCUCGGUGCUCGUGCCGGUAUCGGGAAACCGCUGCCGCCAAGGCAGAUCGACAACCAUGACCAGAGGAUGGAGGAGCUGAGCGCCGCCUUCGGAGGUAUGGGCACCGUCUACAUGAAGAAGAGGGAAGACGACCUGGACAUGCUUGGCUACAAGGGCAAGGGCAAGGGCACCGGCAGCAAGGGCGCGUCGCCCGCCAGAACUCCCGUUUCAGAAGCGCAGACGCCAUCGAAGCCAGCGACUCCCGAGCCUCCGUCGCUCAGCUCUUCCAUGCGGCAGGCCGUAAAGGAAGCCACGGCUCCGCCAAAGCAAUCUCCAUCACAGUCGUCCACGACGGGAGCUCAGUCGCAAGGCUCGACCCUAAAGCCUCCCAAACCGAUCGAGAGCCACCCGCCCACGGCUGAGAUGCUCGCCAUCGAUGCUGUGAUCCAGGAGCUGACAUCCGAUGACGGCGUGGGCUCCACGUCGAGAGAUAAGAUACGACACAAGCGGUGCUUCUGCCAAGGCCGGGAGCACUCGCUCGCGCCAAACGUCCCCAUCUGCUACUCGUGCGGCCUCGUCAUCUGCUCGGCGCUUUUUCCGAGCCCCCUUUCACCGCUCUCGGGCUGCCCAUCAUGCGCCGCAUCUCCGCUUCUAUCAUCGUCGGCACGCGGGGAUCUGAUUGCCAAGCUGGCAGCCGAGAGGGAGGAGCUGGUCGAGCAGCAGAGGAUCCACAUCGAGAUGAUGCGAGAGCAGAAGAAGCUGAACAAGGAGAAGCGCAAAGAGGAGCAAUCGAUGUUCCCGCAGCUCGGCGAGGCCAGCUUGUCGGCACCGUCGCCCUCGCACAUCCCCGCCAUCGGCAAGCACGGGGGUAUGGCCCGCGCCAAGACGCUGGCUCAGGAUGCACAGCGCACCGCCAAGGUGCUCAGUCUUAACAUGAAGACGCACAAGCUCACUGUGCCCAAGAAACCCAAGGUCAAGGCGCCCAAGACGGAGGCUGCGGGCUCUGGUGCAGCAGCAAAGGUCGUCGAGGCUCCAGAGGAGGCAGAAACCGAGACGCCGGAAGACAUCUACACCGCCCUCGAUGGAUCUGCCCUCGUGAUCGAUCCGGACGACGACGGGUUCGCGAUGCACUUCCCCAUGGUCAAGAGCGUCGGCGCCACCGGAACGUCCAACGGCUUCAAUGGAACCCACGACUCGAAGGCUCGGGGCGGAGAGGGUGCCCUGCGCUGGUCCAACCGCACACUGCUCGAAGGCCAGAGGCUCGAUCGCGAUGAGUAUCAAGGGGAUGAACCUGCUCGCCUUCGAUAUAUGGCGGCCGACGAGCGAGCCGCCCUCUUCCCAGAUACAGGCGAGGAUGGCGAAGAGGAUGACAGCGGGGACCACAGCCAGGUGCCCGGCAGCGGCGGUAGCUCGACGACGACGCCCAAGGGCAAAGCAGCCGAAGCCCGUAACAAGGCGGUGCCGGGAUCUGCGACGCCCGCCGCUACCAACGACGGCAACCGGAGGAAGAAGAAGAAGGGAGCCAAGGGUGGAGGGCCAUGA